UGGAAACAUCCCACUCGCGUGACGUUGGAAACAGCACGCUUGACGCAGAUCCACCACAUGUGCAUAGCCUCGUAGAUGUGCUUCGGCAACUAGACGUCAGCGCUGCGGACCGCAUUCUUGGCACGAUGUCGGGGGGCGACGUGUGGUCGGGCGCACGGCUCGCCUGCAAAGCGCUGCGCGAUUUUGUGGAUGCCAACAUUCGCACUGCAGGUCUAUAUACGACAUGGGAUCGCGCGAUGAAGUCACAGCCUCCUGGGGCGCGGACCGGCUUCACCUCGCCUGUGGCGCGGUUCCGGCGCUGCAGCCUCUUGUCCAUCACAUUUGAUAGUGACGAGGAGGACGCGGAUGGUUACGCGGACAGCGAGCAUGGAGACGCCGUUCAGCACCCGGCGUUGCUGGCCUCCCUAUGCAUGGCCGGCGUGGGUGCCGAUGUGGCGCGCAACAUCACCGAGCUGCGUCUGAAGGGUCCCCUGGAGCUGCCCACGCUGGUCACUGUUGCGCUCGUGCUGGCCGGAACUCUGCGGCACGUGCGCAUACUAGUGCUUGACAACUGCCCAUAUGGCAUGGGCAGCUACAGCUUCAACAACAUGCACGCCAUCCACACCACGCUGCGUGGCGCUUUCCCGGCGCUCGAGGAGCUCAUCCUCCCCGCCAGGGCCUGCCUGCGCGGCCUAGAAGCAUUCGCCGGCAGCCGCCUACACACCGUGCGCGUGAUGGUCGACACCCCCGGCUGCCUGCACAUGUUGCAUGUGCGCAGCCUGCUGCAGCUGCCGCAGCUCCGGCAGCUUGACCUGGACGGGGCGGGCUGGGGUGUGCUAUGGCGCGGCGACGGCGAUGUGUGGGAUGAUGAGGGAGGCGAUGUGUGGGAUUAUGAUUGGGAGGACAGCCCGGCGGGCGCUGCGGAGCUGCCGCUGGGGGAUGCCAGCGAUGAAGAGCCUAUCCCUGAUGAGCUGGAUUGGCCGGAGGUGCGGGCGCUGCAGCGGCUGCUGGUGUCGCCGCCGCCGGCACUAGAGCGCCUGAGGUGGCCUGGGCAGCCGCAACUGGAGGUCGGGUUCGCGGGCGGCAGGAUCACAUGCGUGCACCUCUACGGGAGCUAUUGCUACGCUGCUGAUUUACGCCGCGCCGUGGCAGUGCUGCUGCCGGUGCUGGCGGCGACGGGGCGCCGGCUGCCGCUGCUCAAGGUCGGGCACCUGGCCGACCGCUCCGCCGACAUCACCUCGCUGCUGCAGCCACACACGCCCUUUGCCCGGCUACUGGCGGUGACUGACCGCGUGGAGCUGGGGCGGUUGGUGCUGGAAAGCGGCGGCAGGGCAGCCGAGGAGGCGGCGGCGGCGGCGGCGCUGCGGGCGGUGGUGAGGGCUGUUGGCGGCUUGCCAGAGAAGCUCGUAUUUGGAGGUUCUGGACGUGACUCAAAGCUGGACCUGCAAACACGGCCGCGGUACUCGGCAGGCGCAGGGGGGGACAGGCAGGCCGCAGGCAGCGCCGCCACGCCAGCAGCCCCUGCAGCAGUGAUGCUGGCGGAGGUGACGGCGCAGCAGGUGCUGGAGCAGGCAGCGGCGCGCAUGUGGGAUACGGCUGAGGCGGAGGCCGCAGCGACGGUGGCGCAGGCGGAGGCUUGGAUGGCAUAUCGGACUGCAUACGUGGCGGAUAAGAGCAGGUAUCGGCACGACAUGCGUGCUGUCCGCAUGUACGUGCUGCUGCGUGGGCCGUUCGUGUGGCAGCGGACCUGCGGGCCGGAUGGAGCAGCAGGCGGUCGCGGCGCGGCGCGGCUGAAAAAAUGGCUUGAGAGCCUGGUGGUCAUAUCACUGCCGCUGGCCACAGCAGCAGCAGCAGCAGCAACAGCCGUAGCUCCGGGCAGCCCGGCGGGGACAGCGGCAGCGGCAGGAGCCCCUGGGGUGGUAAAGGUGAAGGGCUGCAGCUUCGUCGCCUGCGGCUCUGGAUCUGCCUUGGCGGUUGUGGAGUGCGCCGAUGACUCCAUUGCAGCUCUGCAGCUGUACCGCGCAGCGGCGGCAGCGGCAGCCCGCGAGGCGCCUGGCUGCCUGCAGGUGUCUGCCUGCAAGGCGGAUGACUUUUGCCUGAUGGACAUCGUCAAGCGGUACUGGGCCCCUCCAAUUAGAGAGGUGAUCCGUGGGCUGUGGGAAGACCACCGCUCCACGCCUGUGCAGGCUAUGCGCACGGCAGGAGCAGGGCAGGAGCAGGCGGGUGGGCAGGAGCGGCCUGGGCAGGCGGCAGUGGGGCAGGGUGGGGAGGCAGCAGGGCGUGACGAGGCGGUGGCGUUGGAGUGUGACCUGCAGGUCCUGCAGCACCUGCUGCGGUUGGCGGAGCAGGCGCACAAGGCGGUGGCCACCUGCAAAUGAGUAUUCAUGAAUUCCGGCUAGCAGGGUUGUGGGCAUGUGAGGCGUGAGACAGACCGUGUGACAGGUGUGUGGGGUGCGGCCUGCUUAGAGAGGGGCUUCUGUCAGCAGUACUGUGGCUGUGCGGCAUAGCAGUAAUGCAGGGCAUGGGGGCGGCGGCAGGAUGACGGGUCGACAGGGUAGGCUGCCUUGUAUGGGAGGAGUGGCAUGUGGCAAAGCCCGUGCCGCCAGGACCUGUUAUGGCGGUUGUUGCUGUUGGGAGGCUGUGCAGCUCUCGCACGAGCAGUGUUCACCCUUUGUGUGACCGCUGAGUAAGCGGCGACAACUUCACCUUUUGCAUUGGCGCGGUAGCCCCUUGGCUACAGUAUGUGUGUACCACUACGGACGCACACAGGCACUGGCGCACAAGCGCAUGCAGGCAUACAGCAGUGCCGCGUUGCCAGCCAUGCCCGAGCUCGCAUGGCAGCCAUGUGUGGUAGAGACCUGGUAGGGCCUUGUUGAGACGCCGCACACAGCAGCACACGCCAGCCCUGUGCCCAACCAGACAAGCAGACAACCGUUGCCCGUCGUCACUAAGCUGCUAUGAAUUACUGGGUGAUGGUAACAGGCUACCGUACUCAAUGCAUGGCUGGCUGAUGCGGCAGGGUGCCAAGUCGCCCAGAUGGUGUCCAGGGAAGCAGGGCGGGGCGCGACACAAGGUUGGCGCACUGCGCAGCUGAGAGAACUGCACUUUGGGCGAAACGCAGCAC